AAAGGAAAGUCAGUCAGACGCCAAGUCCCGCCUUCUGAGAUUGGCGGGUAACCUAGCAACGCAAGACCGAGAAACCUCUGUCGGGGAGAGAUACUCGAGCCUUCAGAGGAGGGUCACUGGGGACAGAAAGAGCAUCAAGAAGGUGUGCAGAGGCACAGGCCACUCCCGACAUGGCUGUGGACAUCCUCACCGCAGCCCCAAUCAGCCAAGUCCCUGACUUCAGCCAAAUCCCGCUGAAGACGGAGCUGUCUCCAAAGCCGGCUGAGCCACUGAAAGCCUUGGUCCCCCCGAAGUCCAAACUCACCACCAUCGAGGCCAAGAGGAUCAUGUCCGUUCUGGACGAGGCCAUCUACAAGGUGGAGCUGGUCACCCUGCUGUGGGACGCAGCCGACCCGCUGGAGGCCCUGGUGGGGAUGCGCGAGGACCUCUCAGGGGCACUGAGGGAGCACAGGGCCCUCUGCCAGGCCCUGCUGGAGGGUGUGGGUGACCUGCAGGAGAAAGCGCGGCGGCUGAAGGAGGAGGCACCGGAGGAGGCCGAGGAGGCCUGGCUCUGCGACCGCCGCCUCUCAAUGGAGCGGCACAAAGCCAGCCUCCCGCCGCUCAUGUGGCAGAUCAAGGGCUCCACCAAGAACAUCCUGAGGGUCCUGCUCAGCGACCCCCAGGCCACUAAGCUCCUGCAGAUGCAGCCACUGUGCAGAAGCGCAGGGGCCCAGAACUUCCUGGAGAGCCUGGUGGAGCUGCGGGGCUUCCUGUUCGAGAAGCUCCUCACCAGCCCCAUGCAGGCACGGGAGAAGGCCCAGUUCUUGCAGGACAUCAGCAGACGGAACCAGAGGAACCAGGAGACCAUCAAUGUGCUCGAGAAAGAACUGGUGGCGAGGCUAAAGAACAGGCACACAGAGGUGGAGAAGGAGAACUUCGUGAUCCAGGAGCUGAAGAACCACCUGCACCAGGUGCUCAAGCUCUCGGAGCACAGCCUGCUGCGCACCAAGCAGGAGGCCGAGAAGCAGCAGAAGGCGGACUUCCGCGCCUCGCAGGCCCGGAUGGCCAAGACGAAGCAGGAGAUCCUGACGCUGCGCUCGAAGUACCACAGCCUGGUGUCCGAGAACCACGAGGCAGAGCAGGCGCUGCGCAAGAAAAAAUAUAAAGUGGAGACAGAAAUCGAGAACUGGAUCCAGAAAUAUGACACGGAGAUGAGUGAAAAGCAGGUUCUUCCCUUGCCCUGUGUGCGUUCAGCCGGGUCUGCCCCAGGGCAGGCAGGGCCUCCGCCUCCAGAAGGUUGGGGUGCAGGGGACGCCCUGAGCCCCGCCCCGCCCCCCUCACCAGGAGGAGUUCGAGGACCUGCAGACUAUCCACAAGGAGGAGAAGCAGCAGCUGGAGGAGCUGAGGCAGCGGCACCAGGUGCUGGUGGAGGAGUUCAGCCAGAUCCAGGCCGAGCGCGAGGUCAGCUCCAGGAAGCGGCUGGAGGCCGAGCGUGAGAUGCUGCGCAUGGUGCGGGCGGCCACGCUCAUCCAGGCCGUGUGGAAGGGCUACCUGGUGCGCUCCAUGCUGCGCUCCAAAAAGAAGAAGCGUGGCAAGGGCAAGGGCAAGCGCAAGGGCAAGGGCAAGAAGUGAGCCCUCCUCUGCCCAGCCAGGGUCAAGGCCCUACCAUUCAUGGCUCCCA